UUGUGUGUGUGUGACGCUGCGUGGGGGUGUCCGGUCCGCCUGAUGUCAUUUGGCAGGAGGGGAGGCAGAGCUAGCGGUGGGCAUACGGGUGGAAAGCAUAACAAUACCGUGACCGUUUUUACCGUCCGCACCGGGACCCAGCACGCCGCCGUCGAGGCUGCAGUGAGCCGCGCUUCCAGCCGCGCCACAGUCCCACCGGGGUCCGGGUCCGGGGUCCGGGAGCCGGAGGAGAGGAGGCUGGCUGGCUAACGGACUGGAAGUACCAGAUGCUAUUAUUCCAGCGGAGACGGAGAACGGGUUCGCAGCAGCGGCAGAGGGUGAUGGCUUCUCGUUUUCCCGACGGGUAAACGCCUCUGUCGAACGCGGGACAUCACGAAGCGAGCGGGACCCGCCUUCCAGCCCCGGUGUGUGGUGUACCAUGGUAGCGCAGUCGCGGUGUCGGCCGUCGAGCAGCCUCUGGGCCGCAGCUCGGCGCACCGAGCCCGAAUCUGGGAAGUAGCUAAGCUAGCCGUCUGCUAGCCGCAGCUGUACCCGAUGCUGCUGCGGCGGCUGCCGCUGCUGCCGCUGCCGCCGUUCAACCGAUCGGAAAGACAACACACGCCGCCCGGGGGCCUCCGCGCCGACUCGGCUUUUGUUUGAUGUGACUGGACUCACAGCGGGCGUUUGAGAUGUGAUGCUUUUGUGCGCCGUACUUGAGCCCUUUGUAGCUUGGAGGCUCGACGCGAAGGAGCUAACGUUGCUGCAGAAUGCCCAGCAGAACCACAGCGGCGGGCUGCUGCUGCUGAAGGGGGCGAGGUUAGACUGAUAACAGCCCACCCAGAGUCUCUCCCAGCCCGGGGUCACAUUUGGACUGCGACCGCCGCUUCUUCCCCCCUCCUCCUCCUCGUUCUCCUCCACCCAUCCAUCCAUCCAUCCUCCCUCCCUCCCUCCCUCCUCCCACAUCAUUCAGCGCUUCAUCGGCUGGCGAUAUGGAUAAACUGACGAUCAUUUCAGGGUGCCUGUUUCUGGCAGCAGAUAUCUUUGCAAUAGCCAGCAUCGCCAACCCAGACUGGAUCAACACUGGUGAAUCAGCAGGUGCCCUUACGGUCGGUCUGGUCCGACAGUGUCAGACCAUCCACGGGCGGGACCGGACCUGCAUCCCGCCGCGGCUGCCGCCGGAGUGGGUCACAACGCUCUUCUUCAUCAUCAUGGGCAUCAUCUCCCUCACAGUCACCUGCGGACUGCUGGUGGCCUCGCACUGGCGCCGGGAAGCCACCAAAUACGCCCGCUGGAUCGCCUUCACCGGCAUGAUCCUGUUCUGCAUGGCGGCGCUCAUCUUCCCAAUAGGCUUCUAUAUCAACGAGGUGGGGGGCCAGCCGUACAAACUGCCCAACAACACGGUGGUGGGCUCCUCAUACGUGCUCUUCGUCCUCUCCAUCUUCUUCACCAUAGUGGGACUGCUGUUCGCAGGGAAGGUCUGCCUCCCGGGCUGAGGGCUCCGCGGCGCUCGCCUCCGGACCGACUCGGGAGGCUCUGAGAGUCUUGUGGGAUUUUACAAAAGAACAAACAAAAAGAACACACAAUGACUGAAAAUGGAAAACGACAAACUCUGGCCCGGAGCCCGAAACGGGGAAGCCUCUGCUUCUGCGUCAAAGGACCGCAGCAGCAGCAGCAGCAGCAGCAGCAGCAGCAGCAGCAGCAGCGCGGAGUACCUAAAACUACUAAAAGACGAAAAGAACAAACGAGCAAAACACUUUGAGGGGCAGCGUGGGCGCAGAGGGGAGGAGGAGUGUGACGGAGGGCGGCCCGGGCCGCCGCGGUGCCCUGCCACUGUUCAUUUAAAACAUGGCCGUCUCUCUCUGUUGUUGUUCCGUUGGAAAGGGUGCUCAGUGUGCCGCUGUCAUGGCAACCGCGGCCGCAGCGCCGGCGCGCAUUUCUGGAGGACCACUGCAGCCGCCCCUCGACUCGAUUCCCAGCCGUCCGCCCCGCCGCGCCACACCGCGCCGCGCUCGGCACACAUCUGCUUCGUCACCGCCGCUCCUGUCGCUAUUUUUGGCUUCUCUGGGCUAUUUUCAGUUCCAGCCUUUCUGUUGUGCGGUUUGUGUUCUUUUCUCCAUCAACUUCCCAAUGAAGUAGUUUGAGUGUUGUUACCCUUAAAGGGAAAUUUGGGGGAUUUGUGCUUCUUUUUUGUUUGUUUUUUUUGUUUUUUUGCCAGCUUGGCUUUAGAGCAGGAUUGAUUCCCGCCAGUCACGUCACACGGCCCCAGGUGUGUGUGUGUGUCUGUGUCUGUGUGUGUGUGUGUGUGUGUGUGUGUGUGUGUGUGUGUGUGUGUGUGUGUGUGUGUGUGUGUGUGUGUGUGUGUGAGAGAGAGCAGCUGUGAUGGCAGCUGUCUGGGCCCACACAUGGGGAUGCUGUGGAUCGGAGAAGGAUACAGGUGUGCUUCCUCUUCCUCUUCGUCUUCGACCGGCUCCGGAGCAGGUAGCUGCAGGGGGGUGGGGGUCAGGGUGGGGCUGUCAGACCACCCCCAGCAGCGGAGCAGGACGUCACGCACCAUAAAGGAGAAUGCCACUCAGUUCAAACCCUUUGCGUUACAUUAUUCACACACACAGCAGAGGAACAGUCGUGCGUGUGGACAGCAGGUGUUUCACAUCCUUUACCAUUAACUAACAGACUGUGACGUUAGUGACGUUAGAGAAUAGCCACCUGGACUUGCGCACACUUCCUGCGUUUGUAGUAAAACCCCAACAUCCAUUUAGCACAGCCACACACAGAGGAACCAGUUCGAAGUCAUUUCAAGGACGUAAAUCACUUUCAGCAGGUUAAGGUGGUCACAUAUGUUUUACAUUAACAGUUUUACAUUUCACAGUGUAAAAAAAACAAACAAGCUGAAAAAUGGUGGUAUUCUCCUUUAAUGCUACACAGGAAUUAAACGAGCCAGGAGUGUUUUUAUUUCUUCUUCUUCUUCUUCCUUUUCUUUUGAUCUUGAUUUGAAGGCACUGGGACUGCAGGUCAGGUCCAUGAAUAUGUGGCUGUGCCUCUGUGUGCUGCUCGCAAGGGCUGUGAAUGUAACACACACAAACACACACACACACACACACACACACACACUGAAGUGUACAUACAUCUGCUGCAACAAAUGAUUAUAUUAAUCUGUACUAUUUCAACACAUCAACAUGAAUCUGUCUUCUGCUCUUUUACCAGAAUUCCUGAGGUUUUGAAAGUUUUGAGUAAAGUUACAUAUUUAUUAGUGAUGCACAGUGUUGGAUUUUCUUUUGGAGCUUCCAGUUUCCGAUGCCUAUUUAAAUAUUUUUACAGAGCUAAAAAGCCGAGGCUCAACAGUAUUACAGACAUUCUUAGUGAUCAUGGCUCAAUAGCUUUGUUCGGACAUUAAAUACAGGGCUUUAAAAUAUUCACACACCUCAUUUUGACUUUUACCUCUUGGUCAAGCAUCAAGUUUUCUGUUUUAAGUACAUUUUUCUUAACUCUCCCCUCUGCAGAAAGGCCAAUGAAGGUAUUUAUCUUAAGGAUCAACCAACUCUGUCAUGGUUUUUACAUUUAAGAUAUCGAUAAAAACAGAGGUCAAAAGGCAGGAUAAUUGUAGACGUCUGAGCGAAAGAAUCAGACUGUUGUGAUGUGAUUCUACUGAUCCGUCGUGUAACGACAGCGUGAAGAGCUCCAGAAUUUGUUAUGCAGCAAAAAAUACAAAAACAGCCCUGAAUGCAUCCAGUGUUGACUCCAGUGUGAAGAACAAGCGUUCCUGGAGGCGGUGCAGCGGCGCCCUGCGAGCCCUGAUCUCUGCAUAAUGAGCCUUUCAAGGUUUGCAGAGAUUCGCCGGGGCGAAUCGUGCGGGAGAAGCGAGGCGGCCGAGCGGACGCCCUUUCCCAUCGGGAUUUUUUUUUUCACCUUUUCAAGAAAUAGGUGUGCGGUAAAACCGUCAUCAAUUGAUUGCAGCGUUGAAACAAUUUUCAGUUCAGCGGAGACGUGAUGCAGUUAGAUUUAGAGCUAAGCUAUAACAGCAGCUGCUGGCUGCAUUUCUGGACCUCCGAGAUUUCCAAUUGGAAGCCUCUAAACUAGUUAGUGAGGAGCCAGAUAGUUUUUAUCGCCUGUGGACCUUUACAGUCAUUAACAUGAUGGGGGGGCGUUGUUUAUUAUGUCUGUGUGUGUGUGUUCGGCUCUGCCUGACUCACACCUCUACAUCCGACCUGACCUGAACACACCAUUCUGGAUUAUGUGCUCCUCGUUUUGCACACUCAUCUAUGAAGUUGUGUGUGUGUGUGUGUGUGUGUGUGUGUGGGGCUCACGGCCGCCGUGUCUCAGCGUUUCGUACUUCUGUUUUCUGCUCGGCUCUUCUCGUUCUCGGCCCGGUGACGUGUCUUGCUGCAGCCCCCCCCCCCCCCCCCCCCCCCCCCCCCCCGCCCCCCGGUUGGUUCAGUAUUGUGCCAUGACCUGUUUUUUUGUUUAAUAAUGUACAGACACACAAAAGGCAGGAUUUUCUGUGUUAGGAAGCACUGUGCAUUCAACGGUAUAGGUAACAGACAUAGAAGCACCACAAAUGUAUAAAAAAAAAAAAGAGAACUUCUUACCUCAUUGUUUUGUUUUUUUUUUUUUGUUUUUCUGCUAUUAUUUUCUAAUGGUGGCAACGUGUGUGCCCUCUAAUUUGUCUCUUGCCUUGAUCGGAUGUCUACACAUAAAGCCUAUGAUCAUAGGAAAUUAUUUAUCACUGAAUAAAAGAGGAAAAAAAUGGA